GAGCGGGCGGAUGCUGCUGGAGCUCCGCGACGAGUUGCACCAGUCCCUGAUCUGUCAGCGGUCUGCCCCAUGGUACUACCCCGCCAGUCAUCGAGGAGCGACCGCGCCCGAGUGUGUGGGAACGACGGGGAGCUAGACGACCAUAACCAACAAUAAAAAAAGGUGUCCCUGAAGGUAGCAGCAGUCACAGUGACAUGGUCAGGAAAGGUAAUCACACACCGUGCAGAGCUAACACAGGAGCCCCUCCUGAGCUGCCCAGCAGAAAAUGACUGAGGGAAAUGGAAUCGGAGAAACAAGGGAUGGCUGCCUCCACUCCCAGGCCUCCGGGGACCUGGAGCAGUCCAACGGCAUCGAGAAAGUUCAAGAGAUCAACAAGUGUGAAUCCGAGGAGAGGGGGCAGAGAGGUGGAAGCGGGGGCUCCGUGGCUGUGCCGGGAACAGUCACAGCUCCAGACGGUGGCUGGGGGUGGGUGGUGCUGGCUGCCACCAUCGUAGUGCUGGCUCUGACCCUGGCCUUCCCCUCCUGCGUGGGAAUCUUCUACACUGACCUGCAGAAUGAGUUCCACGCCUCCAACAGCGAGACCUCCUGGGUGCCCUCCAUCAUGACGUCAGUGCUGCACGCAGGAGGUCCAUUUUGUAGCGUGCUGGUGGAGAGACUUGGUUGCCGGGCGACAGUCAUGUUGGGCGGCGUCCUGAGUGGGCUGGGAAUGGCUGCCAGCUCCUUUACCCAGUCCAUCGAACAGCUCUACGUCACAGCUGGGGUUAUUACAGGACUGGGUUUCUGCUUCAGCUUCCAGCCAGCGGUGACGAUCCUCGGUCACUACUUUGUGCGUCGCCGUGCCUUCGCCAACGCCAUGUCCUCCACGGGCACAGCGCUGGGACUUUGCACUCUACCUUUCCUGGGUAACUACCUCCACACAGAGCUGGGCUGGAGGGGCAGCUUCCUUGUUUUGGGGGCCGUGCUGCUGAACUGCUGCGUGUGUGGAGCGUUGAUGAGGCCCCUGCAGCCCCCCAAGCAUCGAGGCCAGCCGCUGAUGAACCAUGGUCCCCCUCCGCCUGAGGAGGAGAAAGUGACGAAGGAAGAAGGGUGGAUGAGGAGGAUAUGGAACUACUUUGUGGCUGCUCUGAGAAAACACAUGGCGUUUGAUCAGCUCUGCCACAACUCGCGUUACUGCGUGUACGCCAUCGGCAUCACCUGGAUGAUGCUGGGAUUCGUGGUGCCUCUGAUUUACCUGGUUCCCUAUGCCACGGCUAACGACAUGGAGCAAGGCCGCGCCGCGCUGCUGAUCUCCAUCAUGGGUAUGGUCAACAUCGUGGUGCGGCCGCCCUUCGGCAUCCUCUUCAGCAUGCCCUGGUUCAAGGGGCGACACAUUUACGUGUUUGCCUCGGCGGUGCUGGUCAACGGGCUCAGUAACACUAUCUGCUGCAUCGGGCCCAGCUUCCCCGUGCUGCUCGUCUUCGUGGUCUUCUACGGGCUGUCCAUGAGUGUGGUGGGCUCCCUGAUGUUCACCGUCCUCAUGGAGAUCGUGGAGAUGAAGCGCUUCCCCUCCGCUCUGGGCCUGCUCGCUGUCAUGGAGAGCAUCACGCUGCUCAUCGGGCCUCCACUAGCAGGAGUUCUGAUCGACAGGACGGGCGAGUACUACCACGUAUUCUUCGCCUGCAGUGCCGUGGUUGCCUCCUCCGGUGUGUUCCUCAUCGUGGCGUUUAGCUGGCUGGACAAAAGGGACAGGAAGUUGUCGAAGCAGGGUCCCCCGUCCCCUCUGCCUGAAGCAGCCAGACCUGCUGUGGACCUGGCUCCGGACUGCCAGUACCGCAGUGUGCCCACAGAGGGAGACAAAGACAAGGCCUCGUGUGAGGGAGACACCUCCAGCGUCUGAACCCCCCCCCCCCCCCCCUCCUCUAACACACAUCACAAACUCAAUCAGCUUUGCAGAUUGUUUCCGGAUGUUUGCACCAGCCAGCUCGGUGCUCCAGAUGUUGCACUGUUUAGGGGUAGUGGUGGUCUAAUGGAUAGUGAGGUGGGCUGAAGAUUGGAAGGUGUGAGUUCAAAUCCCGCCUGGAACACCACCACUAGUGUGCCCUUGAGUAAGGCACUUAGCCUUUAGUUACUCCAGGGAGAAUGUCCCUGUAAUUGUAAGUCGCUUUGGAUAAAAGCGUCAGCUAGAUGUAAUGUAAUGUUUACUUUCCUGCCAUCUGGUGCGCCAUAAAAGUCAAGACGAACCACAAUGAAUAAUUAAUGUUAGACAACCUUUAUACCAAAAUGAACAGAUGUGCACUUAACAACAGUGAUUGUACUAUUUAUUGCAAAUAUGCUGCUGAUCCUAUCAAUGUGAUCACACAAUCUAUCUUACAUGAGGAAUCUCACUUUAUCAAGCCAAGUUACAUACAUGAUCCUUUGUUGAAGAAAUCACUGAAUGUUUGCUGGUGUGUUUUAAUGAUGAUAGUAUAUGAUUAUCAAUAGGUCUGAUUAGCUGCUGUUAAAUGAUACAGUAUAACACACAAACUAAGUAGAAAUAUAUAAAUGGGUGAAAAAUGAUGGCAAACAUAGUGGAGUGAAGUCGCUCCCUGAGUGCUUCAAUAAGAGUUAAAGAAAAAUAUGGUGUGAUUAUUCUAUAUUUGUCCUAGCUACCUAGUGUAAAAUAAUUUCUGGUUAUUUCAUUAAAUGCACAUUUCUUUAAGGAUUUGGGCCUUGAAUGUGCAAUAAGAACUCAUAUAAUUCAGAUUGUACUACUCCUCCACUCAGUGCCUCAACAUGAUGACCACCUAAAGGCCCUCAUCCGCUAUCAGGAUAAAUAUUUAUGUUGAACAAUAUUUUAUCCCAGAAGAAUAUUGCAAUGAACUUUUAUUUAUUCAAUUUCAAGACCACUUUAUGCAGAUGAUAAUAUAACGGAACAAUAAGGCAAGCUCACCAUUUAAAAGAGCUAUUAAUGCCAAUUCUUAAGAAUAUUCUGAAAUUGGAAUAAGAAUGUAAAAGACAAAUAUUUUUCUAAAUAAAUAAAAGAUCAUAAAAAUGAAUGUACUGUUAAUAAGAAAUAUGCAGCAUCAGCUUAAUGCCCAAAUCUUGUUAUAAUAGGAAAAAACCUUUAUUCUUUCAUAUGUUAAAAAUGUUAGCACCAUUUAUUGUAAGCAAAUGCAUGUAAAACAAUAUAUCGAGGUCAUGUCCAUAUAUUGUACAAAAAAGAUAUAUAUUCAGGUCCACAUUAUGUAUGAUUAGUUGAUAACCUUAUAAGUGACACUCCAAUACCAGACUGGCACGGUACCAGUUGAGCGCUUUGUUUCAAUUGAAAAGAUAAAGCAGCACAUAACUUUUGUGCAAACGGGUCACAAAUAUAUCAAUUCGUUUUUUAUGGCCUCAGUAAUCGGCUACACACCAAAUAUUACUCAAAGGCAGAAAUCAUGCUUUUGUUGGGACGACUUUUAGCGGUGGAUUAUUCCACAUUUCUUCCUUUAGUUAGAAAUGUGGCAGCAGUUCAGUGUAUGUGGGAUUGAGAAGAAUAUAGAAUAUCAUCCUAUGUAUCCUAGCAAUAGCUUGAGACGUGUAGGCCUUUAUCGGUCAGGAAGAAGAAAUAGGUUAAUAAGUGUUUGACAUGUUAAAUAUAUUUUCUUCAGUGUUUUGACAUCUUAAGUAGGAAUGUGUUUAUCUUAUGUAUUGUGGAGGCAUUAAACACUGUAUGCUGAGCAUAACACACAUAUUUAUAGUCUGCUUUAGAUCAUUACAUCUCUUUGUUGUUUACUGUCACAUGUAGAAAAAUGAACAUUUGUACUGUAUAAUCAUGUUUGUUUAGUGUUUCACAUGCUUUCUUUCCUUAAUGGAACAGUGCCUUUUUAUAGAACUGCUGCAUUUAAACCAUAUAAAAGUAUGGAGCCCUCUCUUGAGGAUAGAAGCAAAUUAUUUCAUGUUAUAUCAUUUUCUUGAGAGGAAUGUUUUGUAUGGCACUAAGGAGUUUUAUCACACUGUAACUGAGUUUACCUUAAAUCCUAAUCAGAGAUUGUAUGACAGACUUAUCUUUUGAUAAACGAACCAGUGAGACUGUUUUGUGUCAGAUGUGACUGAACAUGUCAGGUGUGAGUUGAAGUGCAGUAAACAAAAAGAGACGUUUCUCUGCAAUGACAGGAUUUAUGUUAAUUUGUCAAGGCUAGUAUUGCUUUGGGCCAAAUUAUACCUUUUAUUAUAAAUUCUUUAUUUAUACAUUUUGAACGGGGGUAGGGGAGAAUAAAUGUUUGAAUAUUAA